GGUCAGCAAGCCGGUCAGCAAGCCGGACACACACCGACAGACUGACAGACAGAUAGACAAACAAGCAGAGGCAAAGUUUCCGGAUCGAUGUAUCUGGUUCUACUUUCCGAAGACAUUAUCUUCACCACUGAAGUUUCUGCUCCAUAAAUUGGAAGCACUCGAGUUGUCCAGGCUGAUCCGGGCUCCAGAUCUAAUAUGCGGGACUUCCUGUUCUGAUUUGCAGGCGUGAAAAUCCUUCAACGGUUGACAAGCCGGCACAUAGAUUAGGUAUUGUUGUAAGUAGCAGCAGUCUUCAAUAGUGUUAUCGUGAUUUAUUGGUCACGUUUUUGCAGAGGGUGUCGAAAUCAACCCCCUCCCUCACCGCCAUACACACUUUCUUUUCCCUCCUCUACAAUCUUUGCAAAGGACGCACUUACAUGUGUUUAUGGCAGAAUGAUUUUUACUCUGUGGUAGUCAGAGAUAGUAAAGAUUUCUGGGAAAUUCUGAUUAUUCACUACAAAAUGAGCCAUUUCUCUGUCUGAGAUACGUGUAAUGAAAAAGAUAAUAAGUCCUUAGAGCCACAGGUGACGAUAUAUGUAUUUCUGCGAAUCUGAUACUGUUUUUUAGUGAGUGACAUAAACUGUACAUAACAAAGUAGCAACAACGACUGUUUUUUAAAAUCUUCUAGCUGAUAAAUAAAAGAAAAACACCAUAACAUUGGCGUCCUUCAUAAUGUUAUCGCUCACAGAAUGGCAACAAUAAUCGCUUCAAAGCGUUCAAGCAAAGAGUAGUCCCCCCCCCCGCACACUCACGCACACAUGUCUUUGCGUAUAUUGACGAUCGCAGCAGGCUGUUUCCUGGUCCUUUAAGACAGGGGUGUCAAAGUUGAUCACUUAGAGGCCCAAAGUCAAAUUACACUUCAGAUUGUGGGCGGAAUUGGAUAAACACUCAUUGGGGAGUGGAAAACUAGACAUUUUGAAACAAGGAUUAAAAAAAAAAAGCCAACAUGCAUUAAAACGUAAAAAAUAUAAGAUAAUAACAGAUCAAGGCAAACUAAUUUUCGCCCUUACGACGAUUUGUCACAGUUGAACGUUCGGCGUCUUUUCUUAGACAUGACGUUCGUUUAUGUUUGGAGUAAGGUUCUGUGUUAUUGAGAUUCUCAGGAUGGACUACCUGACCAAACAUUCUCUGGCGGAUUGCUUUUCCGGCCGGAUACGACCCGAUGCUCUUGGCCAUCAACAAUUCACGCAAGCUGAAGGAAUUCUGAAAAGAAAACAGCAAACAAACAGAAGACAGUGACCACAUCUGACAACCCUGAAGAGUCAUGUACAGACAUCUACAGCAUUUCGCACUCCUAACGUGAAUACGUCAACAAUUCUUCAUACUACGACAACGCGGACUCCCCCCCCCCCUCUUGAACAACAAAGGGGGACCACAUUUCCAGUUUGGACACAAAGCGUAAACAAUGGCAAUGACCUCCCCUCCCUCAUCAACACCUUUAGCCUUUCGUCAGUACGUGACCUUGACCCGACCAGACCUUCUCCAAGGUCGAGUCGUAGAGUACCCGCCAACCCCAGGCAGGUCUGACAUGGAAGAGACCUCCAAAGACUCUGAAACAAAUGACCCAUCCUGUGGCAGAGAGUCUUCAGCAUUUAAAGUGACGUUAAACAAAGGUUCUGUUGCGACUGUGGCAGCUUUCAGAGACUCUCCAAGGGGAGAUAGUCUUCCUCAUACAGACGCAACAGUUAGGUCCAAACCGUGGCCCACUUCAUCGUCAUCAAACCAACACAACAACAGCAACAGCAACAACAACUACGCCCAGAAAAAGCGACUGGAGACCAUGAACUUUAAGAAACCGAGAAAAUCAAGUCGAGGUUCUAUAACGCAGUGCGGCGUUUCGUCAAAACGCUCGGACUCAACGAACAAUGAUUCACAACGAUCGGCAGUAACGUCAGAAUCAACAGAUCAAGCUACACGUUCCCCCGGCGACAACGUACCGGCUGCAAUCGGAACGAGUCCGGAAGUACCGCAGGCAGAAGUGGCACUGACAGAGGAGGAGUUGGAAAAGAGAAGAAACAUUGAGAAGUGCAUGAACUGGAUAGAAAAACUUCCUGCUAAAUUCUCCGGCAUGCACAUUGCUCAGGAGCGUGCCCCAGUUACCAAUGACUAGUGAUAUAAUAAAAUGUGUCUCGACACGGUGGGAUCAGGCGCUCGUCUAUAUUUUUGGGCUCAUUUGGAGUUCAUUUAUCUCGCCUUUGAAGUAAAAAAGAAAUACCUGUCGAUUUUGAAUAGAAGUCGAGAUAUUUGCGAUUGAAAGCAGUUGUGUUAGAUGUAAAAGUAGAGGAGAAAUGGCCGCCAAAGUGACUCCUAAUGCUUCAGUGUCCCAAAACACUGCAAAUCUAAUUUUUGUGUGCCUUUGAGCUAAGUUUUACAGUAAAAUCUAUGCAAAAAUGUGUUCGGGUUUUAAAUGGACAUAAACAUGUGUUGAGGAAAAAAAAAAGAAGAGAAAUAUAAAAAUUGCUAAAUAGGCAAAGAUAGGGUGGUUUCUUCGAGUCCAUUAUUUUGAUGGGCGCUUUAUUUCACCAAAAUGCCACACGUUUAGUAUCAAUAAUAUUAUGUUAUGGCCUGCCUUUCUUACCCGGUGUCGGAGAAAAUGCCACCGAUAAGAGCUCUCCUUCUACUUCUGCCCAGGUCUAUAGUCUCAAUCUCUGUUCCGCUGCAUCCCAUUUCCUUUAGAUCCCAAUCUAAGUCCCUCUUUCAAAUACAGUCUGAACUAUCUAAGAUUACUCUGGUUUCUCUUCUUAACUUAUAAAUCCGUGCCUUUUACUAAAGAGUUGCGUGGAGAGUUUUACUAAAGAAUUCUGUGGAGAGCAGCAAGAUAAUGAGUCUAUCACCUAUCUAAGACGGCUAACAUUGUCGAGGAGAAAAGUGGUCAUAUAUACAUAGGUGACCGUCGUACACUGUGUCAGUAUAAUGUAAAAAUUACGCAAGGGAGGAAAUGAGACGUGGCCGUUUGUGCAGGAUAUUAUCUUACAAAGGCGGCCGUUUGAGCAGGUUUGACUGCACUUUUAAGCCUUCUUCUCUUUGUCUUUCCUGUGGAUUGUAUAGUAAGGCUUGGUUAAAAAUGUUAGUUUGUCGCCGGUUGUUUUUUAAAAAAAGUGUACCAGCCCACUUUCUUUUUCAGUCUCUGAUUUCUUUUACUAUUUUCUGUUCAGAUUAUGUUUUCUUCCAUUGUUGUUCAUUUCUUGUGGUGUUAAGCAAUCUGAUUUUAAAGAUCUUUCUUAAGCAAUAAAAGUUGAC